UUUAUACCUCCUCGCAACGGUCACCAAUUCAUCUCUCUUCAAGUCUUCUUGGUCAUCCAUCCAACAGAGGCAAAUGCACAAAACCCUCCAUUUAGAAUCCGAUUUUCUUGUUUCAUUCAGUUCAAAUGGUAAAGUCUUCAUUCCUCUUUACAACACCUUCUCUCCCAUCAAACCCUCUUUUUCACCCUUACCCUCCAAAAUCCCUAUCCGCAACUCUGCUCUUUCAUUCUCAAUUCGCAACCAAAUCCAGAUCCCAGACCUCAUCACAUGUGCAAGAAACAGAAAAAGGAGAAUUGUGUACCGAAGACCAACGAAAUGGGUACUAAAAUCCCUCUGUUUCGUUGCGUCCAAUCUCAACAUCUUACCCGAGCCCUUGGCGUUGGCGAUUAGUGAGUUCGCCGGAGGAAGCGGAGGGGGAAUUGGGUUUCCGAGGGGUUUCGGAGCGGGAGGGUUUGAUGGGUGGUGGAGGAGGAAGGGGAGGAGCAAGUUAGGGUUUCUUGGGUUUGUGAUGGUUUGUGGUAUUGGAAUGUGGUUGAUUUUGGGGAAAGAUUUUGAUAGCUUUGCGUUUCUGAGAGUAUUGGCAUUGUCUUUGUUCGGGGUUUCGAUUAGAGGGUGGAGAAGAGGGUUUAAAGAUUGGGUUUUAGGGUUUUGUUUUUGUGCUUCUUUGGUGGGUUUGGGGUUUAGAAGAGAGAGAUUACACAGUUUUUUUCAUAUCAAGAAACUGAAUGGUUUUCUUGAUCUCCAGAAAUUGCAGAGUUUGGUUAAGGAUUUUGGAGCAGUGGAGACUCUCGGAAGAAGGAAAUGAAGAAGAGCAAUAUAGGGGAAGUUCAAUACAGUAAAAAGGUUUCAUUGAUUUCUUGCUUUCUAAAUUUUUUCCAUUUUGUUUUCUUUUAUUGCAACAAUAUGAUGCAGUUGAAAAAAACUAGAUUUCAUAGGUUCUGAUUGUGGUAGACUGGUAAAUUUGUUCAUCCUUUUUGCAUUGAAUCUAUAUGAAUUUGUUACAAUCAUGUCUUGGAAGCCGGCAUCAGAGUACACGGUUUCGCUUUCGUAUCCGAGUUAUGAUCUGAUCUUUGAAUGUCAUUCUCCAAUUCUGUCAAUUUGUGCAUUGUC